AUGAGUGAAACCACAACUCUGAAGAUCUUUGUUCUUAAUAUACACUCAAGAGAAAUGGAUCUGGUGGAGGUGCUCGUUAUGGCCCUUUUCCUAAUGGCGGCCCGAAAAGUCCAGUCCAAGCCGAGCAAACUUCCUGCUCUCAGAAAUACCAGCAGCAGCACCACAACUGCAGAACCAGAAAUUCCAAAAUUACGUCUGAUGGAUGGAGGAAGCAACUGUUCAGGCAGAGUCGAGUUGGAAGUUAUGGGCAUCUGGGGCACAGUAUGUGGUGACAACUGGGACCUUGCUAAUGCUGAAGUUGUGUGUCGGCAGCUUGGUUGUGGUUCAGCCUCUCAGCCUCUCAGUCGCACUCAUUUCCAAAAUGGGACAGGACCCACCCAUAUGUAUGACGUGAAAUGCUCAGGGCACGAAUUAUAUCUAUGGGACUGUCUGUCCAAGAGGAGCCAUGAUUGUGGACACAAAGAAGUUGCCGGUGUGAUUUGUUUAGGCUCACUGGCUAACCAGACGCCUACAGAUUCAACAGAAAGAGAAACUGUGACUUCAGUCUCCCAUCUACCUAGUCUCACUUUGACAACUCCUGAAGACCUGAAACCAACAUCACCAGAUCGGAACCUGCAGACCACCUGCAUCAUUCUGGGGUUUCUCCUUUUUCUGAGCAUUGUGAUUAUUAUUAUCCUUCUGCUGAAAAGACAGAAGAAAAAUGAUUGUGUUAUAUCUUCUGCUCCAGUAUCAGCCCCUGUCCUGAUGAAUCACAUGGUGCAGAAGUUAACCACUGGAGGGGAUGUCUCCUUGAGCGUCCACAAAACAGAAGGCGUGACCCCUUCAGCAGCCCAUGAAGACUCUGAUUCUGAUUACGAAGACUAUGAUUUCAGCAAGAAGCCCCCUGUGCCUUUCUCUAAUUUCUACACUUCUUUUCACUAUCAAGCAACUGGCGACCAAGUUUCACCACCCCACAAUUUCCCCAAACUGACAAUGCGCCAGGAAACCAAACGUCCCAAGGAUUAUCGGCAAACGGAUCUUACAGCUGAAGACAGUGAUAGCACCUCAUCUGGAGAUUCAGACUGGUAUGAGAAUAUCCACAAACCACAGCAACAGGUGCAGCAACAAGGAGAUGAACCUUCCUUUGCAGGUGAAGAACAGGUGUCCUAAAAGCAGGCUUAACAGUUUUUGCCAAACCUUGGUCAAACGGCUUGACUGGCUCUGGAAAUGAUUCAUCUGGCAGCAGUGAACAUCAUAACAUGUGAUCCUAAGGACCUGGGCUGCUGAAGGGAGACAGCUUCAGGCCUGGCCUCUCAUACAAAAAUGGCCAAGGUUGGCAACAAUAACUUGAGUCCUAAGAGAGACCAUUUUCCGCCUUUUCAACCUUGAGGACUCAGCAUUGAAGAAAUAGACCAGAUGAUCUCAGGAUCUUCAACAACUGCAAAGACGCAUCAAUGACCAUUUCCCUCCCUGGUUGAAUGAGAAAUAUGCCACCUUUAUAAAGACACAUAUUUCUACUCUGCCCUUCCAUGGGAGAACCCUGUGGGGGGUUAGGAUUUGCACUGAGUUCUGCAUUUGAUUCCCCUCAUUUGAUUUCGUUUUGUCACACAGUGAAGUGCCAUCAAACCAAAAUUCAGCUUCAAAAUACUAGAUAAGCCGGGGGACAGAAUGUUCCAGCCAUGUCACCUUGUUAGGAAGUUGCUGCCACCUUUUGAGGUGGCAUCUUUCUCUUCUAGGACCCAAGAGGCCAGUUUUGUCUUUGAGGAAAUUGUUAGCUUAAAAGCCUGAGACUGCUUAGAGACUUUGGGGGUAGCAAUAGUAUUCUCUCAUGGCUGAAAUUAAAUGCCAAUUCUGCUUCUCUUGAAGAAAGUUUGGUUGUCUCUUAUGAGAUUCUGAAAGGAGGGUGUACGUUUUUAUAUUGAAGCCCUGGAGUAGCUACACUAUGAAAUGCCAAACAUGUGGCAGAAACUGCCAGCCAUUCAAAGUAUGUGCAUAUGUGCAUGCAAAAUUGCACUGCCUUGUUUAAGAUAUUUACUAUGUUUGGGCUGUUAUCUUUCCACAUUUUCCAAUGUGCUAAUCAUAAAAAAAAAAAACAAGAAGAAGAAUAAGGGAAAGAUUAAGGAAAUGUAUAGUUAAGUACCUGAUGGCUAUCAAGAAGAAGGUUUAGGAUGUUUCCAAAUUGGGUUUGUGCAUCUGUGUGAGAGGCAGAGCAAGUGUGCCACUACUUUCCCUGUUUAUAGAAUUCCAGGGGGCGGGAUCCAGACACCAACUCUCCUCUGUUUCCCUACCUAUUGUUCUAUUAAGGACAGGUUGCUUAGGCAAUCUCUUUUUUAUUGGUAACUCCUCUCAACUUGGAAAUGUACUAAGUGACUCAUCAAAUAAAAUUAUGGCGACCAUGUAUCAUUUACAAAAUCUAGUAAACCACUAAAAGACAUCAAAGAGACAGAGUUUUAUGUUUCUUUGCUGCCAUUUUAGGGUCAUAUUGAUUAUGGCAGACAAAAUGUAAUUUUGUAAGCCUAGUAUCUUAUCUGCUGUGUAACCUUUGCCAUUAUGGCUUGGAAAGGACAGUUUAUGGUUUGUUGAACUGAAAGAACUAGCCUACCUUGAUUAAUUCAGUAAGCCAUAUUUUGACCGAUUAUGACUUGGCAUGCCAUGCCAAAGUAAUUAUAAUAUGGAAAACUUUCUUUUCUUGUGUACCGGAACUGGGUAGUGAUGUUCAGCCUCUUCAUAGCAAGAUCAUUGUUUUCCUCUGAAUGUGUGUAGCUCUGUGAUUUCAUGAACUGGAAGUAGGACAAAACACUGUUCAAAAAGCAUUUGUUUGAAUUCAAGUGUGAAGCCUCUCAAAACAGAGUAAGGUGCGCAGUUGCUAUAACAGGAAGUCUCUAAUAACAUAAGCAUAAUAUAUAUAUAUAUAUCUAAAGGAAACUGUAUGUAGUCUUAUUACUCAUUCUCGGAGUAUGAGCAAGGUUGCUGCAUUUGUGUAAUUAUCUAAUGAGAGAGAGCGAAAGAGAAAGCCUUGCCUUGGGUUUUUUUAAUGUCCUUUGCAAAUUUAGCAAGUA